UGUCCUCGACCCGUCUCUCUUGGGGAUGGUGUCAGGGAUGGCAUGUGCCUGGUUGUUGCCGCUGAGUGAGUGAAGAUAGAUGCAGUAGCCGUCCACUUGACAUUUUCUGUUCAUCUUAGGCUCAGUCAGUCAGGUGGGGGCAUCAGGGCAUGAAAAAAAGCUUUUGUGUGUGUGGACUGGAUCAUUGCAGAACGAUUCCAAGGGGACAAAGAUUCUCCAGCAAAAAGGAGGUACCAGUAAGGUCCAGCGCCGGAGUGGUUGUUGAUGCUGUGAUUGGGUUUUCAAAGCGAGAGGAGGAGGAGAAGAGGAGCAGGAUAUAGAUCUCAUCAGCGAGCCAGCGAUGAGAUUUGUGCUGAGGGGCUGAAGCGCUUUCUCUGGUCGCUCCCAAUUGCUUGACUGAUGGUGGCGCCGCCGCCGACGCCGUCGCAAGCCCGGCUCGCCGGACUAGGGGAGCUCCAUAGUUCUCUGGCGUGCUGCUGAGGUAGGCUGCUCCAGGCUUCCAGGAGGAAUCUGCUGUCUUUUUCUGGGAGAGAAGGAGGAAGAAGGGAAGAAGAUACUGAUCUUUGGUCCCUCAAGCUGCAGUCAGCAGCUUUGACAUACCCGUUAGGAGCAGCAGCACCUGAGAGGCUGAGACCUUCAGUUCUGGCAUGGCCUCGUUUGGGAUGGACUGGAACCUGAAGAGUUCAGUACUGUGGGACUGGGAGAAUUUGCCGCCGCCGAUAGGCAUCAAUGCUGACGAGAACCCUAAGAAUGGGAUGCAGGCUGAGCCAAGAUUUGCAGCUACCAUGGGGAAUGAAGCACUCCAUUACUCUGGCGGCAGCAGCGCUUUCUCUUCCAGCUCGGAGAUGGGAUAUGGUUCUUCCAGGAGCUCCAUGUCUGCAUCGAUUGAUUCUUCCUCCAAGGUGGGGAACAACAUGGAGUUCAGGUUUGCACCUGCCAAAAACCCUGAUAGGAACACCAGCAAAAAUGCUGGGUCGGGUAAAGUUGAUUACACCAGAACUGGGACAUCUCCUUCAUCGGUGGUAGCAGUGACCAACGGAGAGCCGGUGAUCGGCCUGAAGCUUGGCAAGCGAACUUACUUCGAGGAUGCUUGUGGAGGACAGAAUACCAAGAGCUCACCAUCUGGUGCGAGUACACCGAACCAGUCUCCUGCUUUGGCCAAGAAGGCAAAGGUGGAUCAUCAUAAGCCGCAUAACUCCUACUGUCAAGUUGAAGGCUGCAAAGUUGAUCUCUCUGCUGCUAAAGACUACCACCGAAAGCACAGAGUCUGUGAACUUCAUUCUAAGGCACCCAAAGUUGUUGUCGCUGGUCUGGAGCGACGCUUUUGCCAGCAGUGUAGCCGGUUUCAUGCUUUAGGAGAGUUUGACCAGAAAAAGAAAAGCUGCCGUAGGCGUCUCAAUGAUCAUAAUUCCCGCAGACGGAAGCCACAGCCAGAAGCAAUUUCAUUCAGUUCAUCAAGGAUGUCUACCAUGUUUUAUGAUGCAAGGCAACAGACAAGUCUUCUAUUCGGUCAGGCUCCUUAUAUUCAAAUGAGAGGCUAUGCAAGUUCUUCAUGGGAUGACUCAGGAGGCUUCAAAUUUACAGAAACAAAAGCUCCUUGGUUAAAGCCAACAACUGCUGCAGGUAUUGAUAGGAUGCACUUAUCUAGUCAGCAGGUGUCGGACAAUAUUAUGCCGCAUGGUGCACAUCAUUGUUUUGAUGGGUUCAUGGCAUUCAAGGGAACUGGUGCAAAGUUCCUUAAUCAAGGCGUCCAAGCUUCUGCUGUCGCUUCCGACUCCAGUGGAGCCCCGGAUAUUCAGCAUGCUCUCUCUCUUCUGUCAAGCAACACAGUGGGUGCUGCCAACCUCCAGCAAAGUCCCCAGAUGCACCCCGGGAUAGCCGCCACUGCCGGCAUCCCCAACCCUGUGGUGCACGCGCUGCGCUCAUCGCCAGGACUCUGGCUAGACAGCCCACCACUCGAUGAUCAUCCACGCUUCCAGGUUUUCAACCGCUUGGGGGGCCACGACAGUGAGCUCCAGCUCCCAAAGUCUUCAUACGACCACACCUCGCACUUCGACCGGAUGCACUGAUGAUGAUGCUCCGGUCACCCUCCUUGGCGCCUGGUUCCGUCAGGCGUCGCUGUUUCUUCUCUAAAUCCUGAAUUUCGUUGCUCGUUGUUCUUGCCUGCCUAGAGGCAUGCGGUUUGACGAUGCCAAUAAUAAAGGCGCACACUGAAAGACCUAGGAUCAGACUGAUCCAGUGGUGUAGCAAGGCAUGGAAAAAAGAAUUUGACCAUGCCAUCAUCUGCUAUGUAUCUGAAUUGCUUCUGCAAUUGUAGCUGCAAGAGAUCGCUGUUUUGAAUUU